AUGUAUUUGGAGAACAAAAACAACCUGGAGAUUGAGAUGUCUCAGGCGUCAGCCCAGGGCCAUCCAGGCAGGAGCAGCCUGAGGUCACCACAGGCCGUCGCAGGGAACUUUGGGGAGCUGCGCCUUCUGCAGGGCAUCUCAGAGAGGAGAGAAACCCAGAAGAUGCAGCAGUCUGCAGUUCUGCCCUCAGGACAGUGCGUCAUCCACACUGAGGGCUUUGUCCCUGUGCGACAAGAGGACGGGCACAAUUUCAGCGUGGUUAAUUUUCUCAGAGGAAAAACAAAUUCAGCCAACAUUACAGAGAGGUCGCCUCUGCUGAGAUUCUCCCAAGAUGAAAGUAUGACCUACAUGACCUUACAUGACCCCAGCUUCGUUGGAGGGGAAGAGCCCUGGGACAACGGCUCCCUGGACCUGGAGAGGAGGUAUCGGCUGGGCAGUGAGGUCACCAGCCUGUCCCUGUCGCGCUCCAGCUCCUCGGAGAAGAGCGACCCUCUGGACAACCUCAACCUCAGCUUCAGACUCACCAGCAGUGUAAAAUGCUGCUUCAGAGUCUCCAAAAUUGCCACGAUGUUUACUAUUGUUGUCCUCUGCAGUCUGUUCUUCAGCAUGUAUCCGGACAGAGACAACCCCUGGAGGAUGUUGGCGGUCUCUUCAACAGACAGUUUCUCAAUGAACCUGACAGAUUUUCGAGACAACGCUCUGCUGAAGCUCCAGGUGGGAGGGCCUUUCACAGGAGGGAUGAUCGACCUCACAAACCAAGAGUACAUCCUGAUCCAGGUGGAGCAGACCGAGCAGGCGGGACAGCGGAGGAGGAGGACUCAGCAGGUGAUUCAUAACUGGACCGUUCCUCUGCACAGCGAACGCAGUGACCAGAUACUGGUGACGAAAACGUUUGAGAUGGUCAGCAGUGAGCCCAUCAUCAUCACCAUUCAGGCCUUCCUGCAGGAUAACGAAGUGGUGCCGUUAUCCAUGACCCACCAGUCGCUCUACGUCAGCGUGGAGACACAGGUGGCCAUCGCUGCAGCCAUCCUGACUGGCGUCUAUGUCCUCAUCAUCUUUGAGAUCGUGCACCGCACCCUGGCUGCCAUGUUGGGAUCAUUAGCAGCCUUAGCUGCUCUGGCUGUCAUUGGUGAUCGGCCCAGUCUGGUUACUGUGGUGGAGUGGAUCGACUAUGAGACGCUGGCUCUUCUCUUUGGCAUGAUGGUGCUGGUGGCCAUUUUUUCAGAGACUGGCUUCUUUGACUAUUGUGCUGUGAAGGCUUACCAAUUAUCCAGAGGAAGAGUGUGGCCAAUGAUCAUUAUCCUCUGUCUCAUCGCCGCCAUUCUCUCUGCUUUUCUGGACAAUGUGACCACCAUGAUGCUUUUCACCCCCGUCACCAUCAGGUUGUGUGAGGUGCUUAAUCUAGACCCCAGACAUGUCCUGAUUGCAGAAGUAAUCUUCACCAACAUUGGAGGGGCCGCCACAGCUGUCGGAGAUCCACCCAAUGUGAUUAUAGUAUCAAAUCAGGACCUGCGCAAAGAAGGAAUUGAUUUUGCCAGUUUCACAGGCUACAUGUUCCUUGGAAUAUGCCUCGUCCUCCUCUCUUCAUUUCCUUUCCUGAGGAUGCUCUACUGGAACAAAAAACUCUACAACAAAGAGUCCAUUGAAAUAGUCGAACUCAAGCAUGAGAUCCUGGUUUGGAGGCAGACGGCUCAGCGUAUUAACCCCGCCAGCCGAGAGGAGACAGCUGUGAAAUGCCUCCUGAUGCAAAAAGUCCUCAACCUGGAAAGUCUGCUCCGCAAGCUGAUGAAAACCUUCCAAAGACAAAUAUCCCAAGAGGACAAGAACUGGGAGCAAAACAUUCAAGAGUUGCAAAAGAAGCACAGAAUAACUGACAAGGUUCUUUUGGUGAAGUGUGUGUCCGUCCUCGGCGUGGUGAUCUUCAUGUUCUUUCUCAACUCCUUCGUUCCCAGCAUUCAUCUGGAGCUCGGUUGGAUUGCUAUCCUGGGUGCACUGUGGCUUCUGGUUCUGGCCGACAUCCAGGAUUUCGAGAUCAUCUUGCACCGGGUGGAGUGGGCCACAUUGCUGUUCUUUGCUGGCCUCUUCGUUUUGAUGGAGGCUUUAGCCCAGCUGCAGCUUAUCGACUAUAUCGGAGAACAGACAGCACUGCUUAUAAAAGCGGUGCCAGAAGACCAGCGUUUGGCUAUAGCCAUUAUCUUGGUGAUGUGGGUCUCGGCUCUGGCUUCUUCUCUCAUUGACAACAUUCCCUUCACUGCCACCAUGAUUCCAGUUCUCAUCAACCUCAGUCAGGAUGCAGAUGUGAACCUGCCAGUAAAACCUCUCAUCUUCGCCUUGGCCAUGGGAGCCUGUCUCGGGGGAAACGGCACGUUGAUAGGAGCAUCAGCCAAUGUUGUGUGUGCAGGGAUUGCUGAGCAACACGGUUACGGCUUUUCCUUCAUCGAGUUCUUCAGGUUAGGAUUCCCCAUGAUGAUAAUGACGUGUAUGAUCGGCAUGUGCUACCUGCUGGCCACCCACAUCGGACUGGGAUGGAACAUGUGAUCCACAACUGCUGUACAGAGCCAAAAAGUGUGUGUGAGUCUGUGUGUGUGUGUGUGUGUGUGUGUGACUUCUCCUUCAAGCAUCCAGCUCUCUGUAAUGUGAUAAGUGACCUGAUUCAGAUUACAGGCACUAUAUGAAGCACAGCAGCCAUAUUUUGGAAGACGUCUUUGACCGAAGUGCAGAUCAGCAGGGACCAGACUCAAGCCCCGUUUCCACCAAACACUUUUGGUAUGGUACCUUUGGAACCAAAAUUAACCCUUCAGACAUGGUACCUAGACCCUAGUGUUUCCACUGCAAACAGUACUCUUUCAUGUGGGCAGGGUUGUUGUCACUCACUGCUCCGUCCAGCACCCAGUGAAUUAGGUUGUUUUUUUCUCUGACUCCAGCUGCUGCAUAAAGCAGCAAAGCAUCCUUUCAUUUUAUAGUUACAGGUUACUCACACAACUCUUCACAGUGUAAACAGUGGUACAACUCAGCCCUGAGCAGAGUGACCGUCAGCUAUUGACCAAUCAAUGGACUGCAGUGUUCACAGCUCCACCUUUUAGUACCAGGACCAAAAAUGGUGACGGUAUGGAACGGUUCCAUUGGUACCAUCCACAACUUUUCACAGUGGAAGCAGAAUGCAUACCGAACUGAACUGGACCGUACUACAUGGUGGAAACGGGCUUUACAGGAGCUUUGACUAAAAAAUUGAGUCCAACAUCCAACAACAUGAGUGUGAUGCGUUAGUUCUUGAUGGCUGGUCCACCCUCACCCUGUCGAGUUUUACCAACUUGUCAAAAACUCAAACCUUAUGUCCUCACAAGAGUUGAUCCAAGGGAAGGACACAAGUCUGCUGGAGAAAAAUGGUCCCACUCCAUCAUACCGUACAUGGUGCUACUGCCUUAAUGGGUGUAAGUGAUUCCAGCUAUGGCCUCUGAUGUCAGAGUAUUCAUUCUUUUGUUAACCUAUGUGGUCUGUUUACAAUAAGCAACGACUUAUUUCUUAGUUAGUUGUCUGACACUGAUUUGCUUUUAGAGACAUUUAGGACACUGAUCACUUUUUUAGGCGAACAUUUGGUUUACCAAACGUAUGUUGAUAUUUUAAAGGAACCACAAUACCCAGUGAAAGGGAUUUUAUAACAGUUGAUGUCUAAUUGUUUUGUCAUCGCCCAAAUCUUAAUAAAUGAAUCUGACAACAGCCUCAAUCAGCAGGAUGAUUAGAUGAAGCAGACGGAGACUGUUAUCUCAACAUUGUAUACUACCUAUUGUACUGUGUACACAAUUAUCUCAUGUAAACUCAAUGAUUUAGUUCAGUUAACCAUAUUUAAUGUAGAAAAUGUAUGAUCAUGUAAAUGCUCUUACGUGGAACGGACAACAUCUUCUCAGCUUGUCCAGUUGAAACUACCACCUGUAUUUAUUGUGCAGCACAACGACCUGAAUGUCC